CGGCUCAUAAAGCACGCAACACGCGCGCAGCACGCAGCCUCCCGCACCACGCGCACCGGUAAAGCUCCUGCAACCCGCUCAGGUUCUGCUGCUCACUCACACCGUGGACACGUUAACGGAGAGCAAACAUGGGAAAAGAUGAGAGACCUAACUGGGACAACCCAAUGCAGUUCGUGCUGGCGUGCGUGUCGUACGCGGUGGGUCUGGGGAACGUGUGGAGGUUCCCGUACCUGUGCCAGACGCACGGCGGAGGUGGGUUCCUGAUCCCGUACCUGAUCAUGCUGGUUCUGGAGGGUAUUCCUUUAUUCUACCUGGAGCUCGCCAUCGGUCAGAAGAUGAGUUUGGGCAGCAUCGGGGCGUGGACUGCCAUCAGCCCGUAUUUAGGAGGAGUGGGUCUUGCUAGUGUUGUGACCUCCCUGUAUCUGUGUCUGUAUUACAACAUCAUCAAUGCAUGGAGCUUCUGGUACCUCUUUCAUUCAUUCCAAGCGGUGUUACCGUGGGCAGAUUGUCCCGUCAAUGCUAACCUGACUGGACCAUUGGAGGAAUGUGAACGUGCAUCUCCCACCGAGUACUUCUUCUACAGAGAGACUCUGGACAUUUCUUCUUCUAUUGAGGAGAACGGAGGCAUCCACAUGGGCCAGGCUCUCUGCCUGGUGCUCGCCUGGAUCAUUACCUACCUGUUCAUCGUACGAGGAGUCAAGUCCACGGGAAAGGUGGUGUACUUCACUGCGACGUUCCCCUACCUGGUCCUCUUCAUCUACCUGAUCAGAGGAGUCACUCUUCAUGGAGCCCUUAACGGUGUCAUCUACAUGUUUACUCCAAAGAUGGAACAGCUGGCCAACCCCACCACAUGGAUCAAUGCGGCCACUCAGAUCUUUUUCUCACUGGGUUUGGGUUUCGGGUCGCUGAUAGCAUUUGCCAGCUACAACCAGUACAACAACAACUUUGAGCGGCAGGCCAUCAUCGUCUCCCUCAUCAACAGCAGCACCUCCAUCUUCGCCAGCAUCGUCACCUUCUCCAUCUAUGGGUUCAAGGCCACCGUCAACUACGAGAACUGUCUGGAGAGCACGCGUGUGAAGCUCCUGAACGCCUUCAGUCUGUCAGAGGACUCCAUCAACAUUGACAACAUCUUCGAUGCGAUCAAGAAGCUAAACGAGACGUAUCCUCACCAGUUUGCUGAGCUGGGACUCGAGGAGGUUCCCUGUGACCUGAACAAGGAGCUUGACACAGCUGUAGAGGGGACCGGUCUGGCCUUCAUCGUUUACAGCGAGGCUAUUAAAAACAUGCCUCUUCCUCAGCUGUGGUCCGUGCUCUACUUCUUCAUGCUCCUGCUGCUGGGGAUGGGCAGCAUGUUGGGCAACGUCACCGCCAUCAUCACCCCUCUACGAGACUUCAAGAUAUUUGCCCGCAUGAGCAUCGAGUUAUUCAAUGGUAUAGUGUGUGUUUUCUGUCUGUUGGUUGGUCUCGGUUUCACCACAACAUCAGGGAACUACUGGUUCAUCAUGUUCAAUGACUACGGAGCAACUUUCUCGCUGCUCUUCGUCGUCCUCAUCGAGGUCAUCAGCGUCAGCUACAUCUACGGACUUAAAAGAUUUGAAAAAGAUAUAGAAGACAUGCUGGGUCAUCGUCCUAACUGGUACUGGAAGAUCAUGUGGAAAGUAGUCAGCCCCCUUCUCCUCAUCGCUCUCUUCAUCUUCUACAUCAUCAACUACAUCCAGGGAGGAACCCCCACCUACCAGGCCUGGGACAAACACACGGGUAAGUCAGUGGUGAAGGAGUAUCCGGUCUUUGGUCAGCUGUUUAUCGGGCUGCUGCUGGCGUCAUCGGUCAGCUGUGUUCCCCUCACAGCUCUGUACGUGUUCUGCAGGAAGAGGAAACAUGGGAAACAUCAUCAGCAGAAGAGGCAGCGAACAGUCAGCACAGUAUCUGCUUAAUGACACAGACUAACUCCUGAACAUCACCUGCCUUCAUAGACUCUCCUCAUCCUCCAGCUGAGAGCAGAAAUCAUCCAUUACACAGAGGAGACUUUAUCAGUGGUCAUUUCUCGUCUUUACAUUUUCUACUUCUUUAAAAAGAGUAACUAUUUUCUCUGAAGGCAUCAGCACAAAGUUUCUUUCAGUCUUCACUUCUAAGCCAGAUUCCAUACAACACUCGGCCUUAUCUGCACAUAUUCAGUUGUGUAAUCAAUCACUGGUUCACAAUGUUUUGGAACUGCUGUUUCACCCUGCAGCAGUGACACAGGCUGAAAGGACUGCAACGUAAUCCUUGAGGGCGAUGGGAGGGACGAGCAAGGGAGCUAUGGUUUCAAUCUAGAAUCUAAAUAUUCUCAUUUCUACACACGGUAUCUUCUGGAUUUACGCUCUCUCUUUAAUAAAAAGGUCCAUCUCUGUUGCUCCAAGGGACAAAAACAAGAACUGUUAGUGUUCUCACUUUGAUCCAUCAAGGGUGAUGUUGCAGACGUUACAGCCUGUUCACCUGCAGCAGGAGGAAGAAAACAAGCAGUGCAUUUACAAAACGUUUUGUACUUUUAGUCAUUUUAACCCCGAAUAUUUCAAACAGGGCUCGGUUUAAUAAUACUGGAGAUCCCAUGUAGUAAAUGUGAGAUGUGUUUUAGUGUACUAGCACCUAUAGUGUAGUCCAGUAUGUGAUGCUAGUUGACUCAGUGGUCAUAGCAUGAUGAAUGUAUGUAGAUAUGUAGUUUACUCAGUGAGUAAUGAGAUGUAUAGGAUGUUAGUAAUUGUUGAAGUGUUUGAACCUUUUCUCUUUUGUGGGGCGAGCUAAUUCAGGGUCAAAUUAAGAUUGUAAAUAAACAAAAACCUAAAAUAGGAUUACAGUCCAGCAGCAGCGGAUUAGAGACGGUCCAGCACCAGCAGAGAGGUUCCUGCAGCUCACCUGUUUUUAGCUUUAAAUGUGAAAACUGGAGGAGUUUACAUCUCCUGGACCACAUCAUGUCGCUUGGUUUUUGAUGUUUGAAAUAUCUGAGCACCGUGCUGUAAAAUAAAUCAAUGUUUUUAGUCUCUGACAUAACGGACGAAUAAAAGUUUUAGCUCUUCUUGAUAAUGUGAGAACAGUUUGUACGGAGCUGUGUGAUAAGCGGGUUUCUAUGUGUGCUCUUUGUAAGAAGAAUGUACAAAUUAUCAGUUUGUCCUAAAUAUGAAGUAUUUUUGAUAACUACUUUUAUAUCUGUUUGAAAGGAGCUGAAUCUGCCGUCAGACGUCUUCUGUGCCAAAUAAACGUUUUGAUACUGGAAUGUUUUCCUCGCACAAACUUAAAAACUGUAAAAUGUGUAAAUGCUGUAAAUAUUUUCUUCUUCCAAUGAUUCAAACAUUAAAAUGUUUAUCAGCCAAAUCUGAUGUCAGAAACUACCUUAAAACUAGUUCAGUGUUCAUUAAACUCAAAUCAGAUGUCAUUAACAUGUAACGUGUCAUGAUGGAAAUGUUUUAGCUUUUUAUUUUCAGUGAUCCAUUUUUUAUUAAAGAAACGUUGUUGUUC